GAAGAGCUUUCUCUCUCUCUCCACGGCCUACCUAGGCGUUUCUCUCUUCACAUCGCCAGUGUGAAGUUCUCCGUGCUGGAUUAAAGAUCUUCAUCUUCAACUGAGCGAGAAAGUUGUGACACAGAAGAGGCUAUUAUAAGGAGAGAAGUUUCAUCUAAUGGCAUCCAGGCUAUUGGAGAGGAUAAACAAGAUGUGCUGCUAGUGACACAGACAACAACAACAUGGACAGACAAUAACAAAUCGUCACUCUAGGGGUGCAGUGUUGGUUCGUUAUGACAAGUGGCUGUGUGGAAGAUGUCCACCCUUUCUGCGACUGAUAUCACAGAUGUUGGUCAUGGGGACUCUCUGGGCUGUGACAGUGAAGAGGGCCCUUCAGCAGCGAUGGCAGAAGUGAAACAGGAGAUUCUCAGUCAAACGGACUUGUACAACACAUCGCACGAUGACCUGAACGACUCCAUGCUCAUGGAAUCCAACGACAUCAAGAUGUUCUUCCGAGAGGACAAAGCUGCGCCAGAGGGUCAGCCAGUGAAGAGAAAGAAAGGUCCUGCACCUAAAAUGCUGGGGAAUGAGGUGUGUAGUGUAUGUGGAGACAAAGCAUCUGGCUUUCAUUACAAUGUGCUGAGCUGUGAGGGCUGUAAAGGUUUCUUCAGACGCAGCGUGAUCAAGGGAGCGCAGUACUCCUGCAAGAACUCUGGCCGCUGCGAGAUGGACAUGUACAUGCGCCGCAAGUGUCAGCAGUGCCGCCUGCGCAAGUGCAGGGAGGCAGGCAUGUUGGAGCAAUGUGUGCUGUCAGAAGAGCAGAUUCGACUAAAGAAGAUGAAGAAACAGGAAGAAGAGACAGCUCGUACCUCUACAGUGGCGACACCGAGCCCUGCACCUGAGAUGCCUCCGCUGGCUCCUGAACAGCAGGAGAUGAUCGAAAAGUUGGUGGCCAUGCAGAAACAGUGCAACAAACGCUCUUUCAUUGAUCGGCCCAAAGUCACUCCAUGGCCACAGAGUCAGGACCCACAAAACCGAGAGGUUCGACAGCAGCGCUUUGCUCAUUUCACAGAGCUGGCCAUCAUGUCAGUACAGGAGAUUGUAGAUUUUGCUAAACAGCUGCCCGGCUUCCUGGAGCUCACCCGAGAAGACCAGAUCGCCCUACUCAAGACCUCAACCAUAGAGAUCAUGCUGCUAGAGACUUCCAGACGUUAUAACCCAGCGAUUGACAGCAUCACCUUUCUUAAAGACUUCACUUACAAUAAAGAAGAUUUUGCGAAAGCAGGGCUGCAGUUAGAGUUCAUCAACCCCAUCUUUGAGUUUUCAAAAGGCAUGAAUGACCUCCAUCUGGACGAGGCAGAGUAUGCUUUGCUCAUCGCUAUCAACAUCUUCUCAGCAGACCGACCAAACGUGCAGGAUCACGAGUUAGUGGAAAGACUACAGCAGCCAUAUGUGGACGCCCUCCACUCCUACAUCAGAAUAAAACGACCCAAUGAUCAUCUGAUGUUUCCUCGGAUGCUGAUGAAGCUGGUCAGCCUACGCACUUUGAGCAGCGUCCACUCAGAGCAAGUGUUUGCUCUGCGCCUCCAAGACAAAAAACUUCCACCUCUACUUUCUGAAAUUUGGGAUGUUCACGAAUGAGCGGGCGAUCCGCCAGGACUGAAUGAGCCAGUGUCAGGGAAACGUGGGUGGACAAGGGUUCCUCUACCGACAGAGCACAGGGUCACAAUGUCCUUCCACUGUCAUGAGAAGCCUGCUUUUACCAUUCUCUUCCUUGACCUCUAGAUUUUUUACCCAGUGGUCAGUGAGAGCUGCUUCCUUUGAACGUGCUAUUGAUAGACUGUAUAGCCAGAAGUAGCUCAGGGACCGAUCAGAGCAGGUAAUGGUUACUCGACCAUCGUCCGAGCUUUGGGGAUUUGAAUGGGAUUGGAUUCAGAGACUUGCUUGCUAUGAUGAGCGACCACGAACGUGUGGUCACUUUUUUAUUUUUUAAGUUGUUUAUAUCUAAUGUUUCAGCACCAAAAGCAUCAAGCAGGUUUUGGCGAAGGUUUCAACCAUCUGUUUCAUAGACGAGGUUGUCUUGAAGGUUUUUCAUUACAGAAAUGUAGUUUAUUUACAGUGUUUUAUGAUUCCACUUUGGCUGAUUGGUUCGAAAUGGCUGGCAGACAUCUAAUAUUUUAAAUAUGCAUAGAUCACGCACAGAAUUGAGGAACAUUGUCUUCUCUUAGUACAGGCUAUAAUUCACAUAUUUUUCCUAUGUGACGUUUGACAUGCAUUUAGUCUUGUAAGUAAUGUUAAAAUGCAAUCUCCUUUUAACACCCAGGUUUUUUUUUUUUUUGGACAAAAACAAAGUCAAUCAGCGCUUAACUAGUGCAAGCCAUCGUGAUUCAGAGCCCAUGUUACACUGAUCAAUCGUAUCAAAGCUUUCACAAGGAAUUCUGUUUUCUGCUGGUUGGAAAAAAGGAACUGAGAAGCCAAAUGGCCAAUUUUAAAAGAAUAAAUAUAUUCUGAAUCAGUAAGAGUCACUGGAGCCGUUGAAAGCAUGUUUUAUCAAAACAACAACAACAAUAAUUGCUGCUACUUUACUCUCACUUAAUCCAUUCAAGAUGUAAGUGACUUUGUCUUUCAGAAGAACGCUAAAGAUGAAUUAAUUUAGAAAGGAUGGUGCUUGGUGAUGAAUAAAAUGCAAGUCAGCUGCUACUGAUUCACUUCGAGAGUCAUUAAAACAUAUAUAGGCAAAACAAAAUGAAUGUCCUUGAUGAUAUGAAGCAAAAUGGUGCAUGAAAGUUUAUAUUAUUUAUGACAUUAUUACCUUUAAUCCAAAGCUUUAGAAAAUGGUCCUGAGCACAUUCAGACUAAGCUUUCUGUUGCCUAAUGAGGUAGAUUAAAUGUUGGGAAUCUGUGAAAAGUCGAUCUUCUUGACUGCAAUCACACAAACGAACAUAAUCUUGCUUUGUUAUAUAGACUUAAGGAUCCAGGAUAAGCACAAGUGCUAUUAAGAUUAACAAUAUAGCUGUAUGCUUCUUUUUUUGAACUUUUGAAGUGCCAUUAGCAUUGACUUGUUUUUUUUAAAAAUAUAAAUACAAAAGUUUCAGCAAAAGAAUUCAGUGUUUUACUUAUGGAAAAACAGUCAUCUACAUCUUGAAUGGCCUUGGUAAACUUAGUAGUUUUCAGUUUUGGGUAGAAUAUUCCUGUAGCAUGAAUCAGUGUGCUGCUUGACUCACAGCGACUACUGAGAUGCAUAGAUAGCUAGAUAGCCUUGCGUGAAGCAUUCUGAAGACAUAAUGCAGACCAUAAUUAUUCCUUUAACAUUACAUUAUAAUGUUUGGUUACUUCCGUCUGUAAGCUAACAUGCUGUACUUUGUUUUUUUUUUUAUUCACUUCUAAUUAAUGGAGGCCUGGUUUAAUAAUGUUUGAAUAUGCAUUCAUCAAAACUCAGAUCGUUAUUAACCGUGCCACUUAUGCCCCACAAUGUAACUCAAGUGAAAAUUAGUGGAUGAUAUUGUCAUAAAAAAUAACAUGGGUAUUUAAUGUUGUAUUUCAUCACCUUGUUGUAUUUUUUGUUUCAAAAUGUUAUAAUUAGUUCUAUAUACACCUAUUCAAUGAGGUGAGUUUAGUCAUUUUUAUUACUAUUUUUUUUAUUUACUCUUGCUAAUUAAUUUAAUUGACAUCUUUAAUAUUUCUUAGUUGAUUUGCAAUUAUAUAGCAUAAUAUGUGUUAACUAUUUUGUUUGUACCUCACUUUAACUGUAUAAUGUGAUUCACAAAGUCUGAAUGCACUCAGAACAAAACCUGUCCCAUUCUCCUCAAGAUAUUGAUCUUAAACUGAACUGUAUCACAGGAUUAGCUCUGAAAUAAGGGACUAGGCAAAUGAGAGCAAUUUGUAACGUCUUACUCUGUAACAAUGCAAAUAUCCAGUGUGAGCAUGCACAAUUCAGGUUUUACUGAUCUUAAAAACCACUUAAGAGACGACAAGGGUUGUUGUGAAUCAAUGCAUCAUGCAAACUAACAUUGUAAAAGAAAUGACCUGCAAGCAUAAUUUCUGCGAUUGACUAAUACAGUUUGUUUGCCCUGACUGUGCAGAUUGAGAAUAUGUUUGCUGACAUGUGUGUUUGUGUGUGUGUGUGUGAGUAUGUUUGAGAAUAUGUUUGAUGAAGUCAUAUGGCCGUUUGUAUGUUUUUUUUUUCUUCCUACCGUUCUUGUCUGGCUGUCAGCUAGUUAAAUUGCUAAUGCAGAUUGUUUUCCUCAAGCUCGUUUUUUAUGAGAAGUUCUAACCUUUCACAAGGGCUUGACAGUUCAAGUGUAUAACUGCAGGUGUCUUUUGCCUUCUGUCCGUUCAGAUUUCAGGACUAUCCCGGGCGCACUGAACAGCCAAACCCUGACAGUUAAUAUGCUGAAUCUUGGUUAAUAACAGUCCACUGAAAUACAUAACCUCCCUGAUCUUUCAGUUGAACUGAUAUUGGAAAUGUGAUGAGGCAUAUUUGAUUUCUGAUCGUCAAUAACGAGCGUUAACUCAUGCUGCUGUAAGCUUUAUUUUCUCCAAACUGAAAUGAUGGAAUGGUCUCCUAGCAGAAUGCUGCUACAUGAGGCAGAGUGUAAUGCAAAGUUGAUUGUAGAUCUAAUUUAUUUUUCACCCUCAGCCCAGUGGACCUCAUUACUCUGAUUAACGUCUGUCUUCAGUAGAGAGAGUCACAUCACAGAGGGUGACAACAUAGAAAUGCAACCUUAUGUUUUAACGCCUUACGUCUUGGAUGUAAACUGCUUUAUAUGUGUAAAUUAAAAGUAGACUAAAUUUAUUGUUCUGUGAGAGUAUAUAUUUAUCUGAUAAAAAAUGCUGAAAACUUAGAUGACUCGAAGCCUAUUCUUUAUACAGAAAUACAUUUACCUAAAACAGGGAUCCUCCGUAUUGUUUCUGUCUUUUUAUUAUUAUUCUGCUGUUUUUUAAUAGAUCAGGGUUGGUUGACCCUGGAAAUAAAUACUGAAUCUGAGCUCAC